AUGGAGAAAGAGUGUGAAGCUCAAAGUUCCGAUGAUGAAAUGGCAGAUAGUGUUGAGGGAGGUGACAACAAAGAGGACAAGAGCAAAGAUGGCGAGAGCAAAGAAGAGGAUGCAAUUAAUAUUGAGGGCAGUGCCGAUGAAGAUGGGAAUGAGGACAAGAGCAGUGGUGGGAUGGAUGGGUUUGGGUACACCAGCCUAGAUCAGGUUCUUGUGGAAGAUGAGGACAAUGAUGCGCUACUAGGUGAUGAUGCUCUUGGGGCAGAAGAUGGUGAAGAAGUUGGGCUGAAUUAUGAUGAGGUUGAAGGGAUCAGAUUUGCAGAUUUAUAG